AAGAUGUUAUCCAACCUCUUAUAGGCGCGAACUGCUCUGAAUAUGCAGUGGCGCAUGCAAAUACGACUGUGACACCGUUUCGCACAUUCGCGGAGGUUUCAAUGCUGCCGGAUAUUGUGCAGAGCAUGAGGAAAUUGGGCCUGAAUCGACUGCAGCGGCUGCAGAGCUAUGCCUGGCCUCAUAUACUCAAUGGAUCGGGACAUGGUGUACUCAUUGUGAGUGCCCCACUCAGCGGCCGCACGAUGGGAUAUGUGCCGCCCAUCUGUCACGCUGCCAGCACAACCCUGGCCGCGAAUCGACGCGCGAGAGAUAUUGCUGUUGACUUAUUGGAUAUCUCUCAUGGAAUGGGACCCAUAGCCCUGAUUCUAGUGCCAGACUGGACGCGUAUGGAGCGGGUUGCCGCCCUAUGCCAUGCGCUUAUGCCCAGGGAAGAGAACGUCGAGGACAAACGGACUAUUAUGGUGACGAACGUGUUGACCGUGCCAUCGGAGUGCACUCCAGCUUUCAUGGGUGCGUGGAUCAGCCAAAUAGGCAUCUUGGUGGCCACCCCCUCACGAUUUGCCAACGCUUGCCAGCAAGGAGAAGGCAUGCUAAAGCUGAAUCAGCUGCAGGUAGUGGUCAUCGAUGACGUGGACCUCAUGCAGAAAGAGGAACUGGAGCUGGCCCAUCAGUAUAUUCCAGGCAUGGCGGCCAAACACAACAGGCCAAAGGCACGCAAAGGCACACCAUAUCCCCGUCCGCAAUUGGUGAUGGUUUGCCAACACUUCAGUCCGUCUCUCAUUUCCCAGCUGCGACGUUUCAAUCAAUAUCCCUGCCUGAUAUUUGGCGAUCUCCUGCAAGCCGCUCUCUAUGGCGGUAUGAGAUUGCUAGUCAACAUGGUCGUGCCGGAGGACAAGGUUGCUGCGAUCGUCAAUCUACUUCGUCAGCGUUCGCCGGCGGAGUAUCGCACUAUAAUAUUCUGCGAUAAGGAUAUGGCUGUGCUGAUCGGUGCCCUUGCAGAGUUGGAAUACCAAUGUCUGGCCUACUACCAGACCAUGGAUCUGGAUCAACUCGAUAAGGUCAGCAGCUGGAAGUGCGACAGCCGAGGCGUUAUUCUUGUCUGCACCGACAACUGUCCGGAGCUGAGAAUACGCAAUGCGCAGACCAUUAUCCACUACAACAUGAGCAGCUCGUGGAGCAAGUUCAAGAAUCGCUUCAUGUUCUUGUCCGACAAUCUACCCAAUGUACUGGCACCGACCCCAACAGCAAACGGAACCAAUCAAAGGCUCCUGGACUCGCUUGUCCUCUUGGACAAGGAGAACGCCAGGCAGCUGCCACGUUUGGUCGACUUAAUGCUGCUCCGCCAGAAAUUGGAUCCAGAAAUUGUGGCGCUGGCUGCUCGCAUUCGGAAGGAGGCAAACACAAUGCAAAACAUUGUGAAGCCAAUAUGCAAGGAGAUCCUGUCCCACGGCGACUGCUGGGAUACCAGGUGUGUGCAUCGUCAUUAUCUGCACGAAUCGGAUCGCCGUUCAGCGGACGUACCCUGCUCGGGGGACAUCAAGGUCAAAGUGGUUCACGUGUACUCCCCCGGACAUUACUGUGUGAUCGUCCACGAGCAUAAGCCGCUGGAGGGUAAAUGGCACAAUUUCGAACCCUCAAGUAGUUUGCCGUCUUUGCUGAAUUUGAAACUGAGCGGGAAGAAGGUGGUGCCAUCGCCUCGCUACUGGCCACCACAACACGCAGCCGUUUGUCUGUUUAAAACUGAAUCUGAGUUAAUGUCGGGCUAUGCCUAUGAGCGUGUUCGGGUGCUCAGUGUGCCGCCCAUUGAGAAUGUGAAUCUGGUCCAGUCGGAUCUCAUUGUGCUCGUCGAGGCCAUGGACUAUAGCACUCGCCGUUUCGAGACCAAAUGCAAGUCCCUUCAUGUCUGCCCCGAUGAGUACAUCAAUGAGCCGCCAUUGUGCAUUGACUUGCGUCUCCUGGGUAUGGUUACCCACAUAGGUGAUCGCGAUUGGUCUGCCGGAGACACGAAGACUGUUCAAGACUGGCUGUACAUGGCGCCCAAGGAUCACUUCAUACAGGCUAAAGUCGCUUUCUCCACUUCGCACACAAUCUUCGCUACAUGCAUGGCGUCCAUAGUCUACCUUAAGACAUUGAAGACAUUUAAUAUCCACUUGAACUUCUUCAGAGCACAGAUUGAGGCCAAGAUGAGCAAGCGAUGUGAACAAACCAAAGCGAAGAUUUGGAAAUUCUUCGAGGAGCUCAUAAAGUCCGAGGAGCUUCAGGUGGGAACAGACGACGUAUUUCUAACAAAAUUCCUGCACUACACACACUGGGACACAAUCAAAGCCUACCAGGCGAUCCAUGCCUACUACGACUUCAAGCACAAGCACCCCAGCUGGGUGGCCAGACACCCAAUUGAGUAUUAUCGGAAGAUAUUCUACGGCACGCACUGUCGCUUUGUGAUGCCCCAUGCGGAUAAGAAUGGACGUGUGCUGGUAAUAUUCAAGACCGUGGACGCUUUUCAGCAGUUCCCCGACUAUCUGCAGGGUCUCAUCGAAAUGGACGAUCUCAUAUUUGAGUCGCUGCUGAUGCUGCCGCGUGUUCAGGAGAAUGGCAUAACAGUUAUUUGUGAUCUCCAAGGCACCACUCGGAACUUUCUGCGACAGUUUUCUCCAGCGUUUAUGAAGGUCGUGAACGAGAAGAACGCCGUUCUGCCCUUUAGCCAACGCAUUGUUCACAUCGUGCAGCGCGGCUUUCUCAUGCAUGUCACCUCCACGCUGUUCAUGCCAUUUAUGAACAAGGAAUUCAAGGAAAGGAUCUUCACCCACGAUGGCAAAAACCUUAGCAAAUUGCGGGAUAUGGUGGGCUACGACAGCCUACCGGCGGAAUAUGGCGGUCCAGCCUGUAAUCGGCAUCCCGACGGCAAAAUGUCAGAGAGCGAGAAAAACAAUGUGCUCAACCUUAAAGAUGUUAUCCAACCUCUUAUAGGCGCGAACUGCUCUGAAUAUGCAGUGGCGCAUGCAAAUACGACUGUGACACCGUUUCGCACAUUCGCGGAGGUUUCAAUGCUGCCGGAUAUUGUGCAGAGCAUGAGGAAAUUGGGCCUGAAUCGACUGCAGCGGCUGCAGAGCUAUGCCUGGCCUCAUAUACUCAAUGGAUCGGGACAUGGUGUACUCAUUGUGAGUGCCCCACUCAGCGGCCGCACGAUGGGAUAUGUGCCGCCCAUCUGUCACGCUGCCAGCACAACCCUGGCCGCGAAUCGACGCGCGAGAGAUAUUGCUGUUGACUUAUUGGAUAUCUCUCAUGGAAUGGGACCCAUAGCCCUGAUUCUAGUGCCAGACUGGACGCGUAUGGAGCGGGUUGCCGCCCUAUGCCAUGCGCUUAUGCCCAGGGAAGAGAACGUCGAGGACAAACGGACUAUUAUGGUGACGAACGUGUUGACCGUGCCAUCGGAGUGCACUCCAGCUUUCAUGGGUGCGUGGAUCAGCCAAAUAGGCAUCUUGGUGGCCACCCCCUCACGAUUUGCCAACGCUUGCCAGCAAGGAGAAGGCAUGCUAAAGCUGAAUCAGCUGCAGGUAGUGGUCAUCGAUGACGUGGACCUCAUGCAGAAAGAGGAACUGGAGCUGGCCCAUCAGUAUAUUCCAGGCAUGGCGGCCAAACACAACAGGCCAAAGGCACGCAAAGGCACACCAUAUCCCCGUCCGCAAUUGGUGAUGGUUUGCCAACACUUCAGUCCGUCUCUCAUUUCCCAGCUGCGACGUUUCAAUCAAUAUCCCUGCCUGAUAUUUGGCGAUCUCCUGCAAGCCGCUCUCUAUGGCGGUAUGAGAUUGCUAGUCAACAUGGUCGUGCCGGAGGACAAGGUUGCUGCGAUCGUCAAUCUACUUCGUCAGCGUUCGCCGGCGGAGUAUCGCACUAUAAUAUUCUGCGAUAAGGAUAUGGCUGUGCUGAUCGGUGCCCUUGCAGAGUUGGAAUACCAAUGUCUGGCCUACUACCAGACCAUGGAUCUGGAUCAACUCGAUAAGGUCAGCAGCUGGAAGUGCGACAGCCGAGGCGUUAUUCUUGUCUGCACCGACAACUGUCCGGAGCUGAGAAUACGCAAUGCGCAGACCAUUAUCCACUACAACAUGAGCAGCUCGUGGAGCAAGUUCAAGAAUCGCUUCAUGUUCUUGUCCGACAAUCUACCCAAUGUACUGGCACCGACCCCAACAGCAAACGGAACCAAUCAAAGGCUCCUGGACUCGCUUGUCCUCUUGGACAAGGAGAACGCCAGGCAGCUGCCACGUUUGGUCGACUUAAUGCUGCUCCGCCAGAUUGAUCCAGAAAUUGUGGCGCUGGCUGCUCGCAUUCGGAAGGAGGCAAACACAAUGCAAAACAUUGUGAAGCCAAUAUGCAAGGAGAUCCUGUCCCACGGCGACUGCUGGGAUACCAGGUGUGUGCAUCGUCAUUAUCUGCACGAAUCGGAUCGCCGUUCAGCGGACGUACCCUGCUCGGGGGACAUCAAGGUCAAAGUGGUUCACGUGUACUCCCCCGGACAUUACUGUGUGAUCGUCCACGAGCAUAAGCCGCUGGAGGGUAAAUGGCACAAUUUCGAACCCUCAAGUAGUUUGCCGUCUUUGCUGAAUUUGAAACUGAGCGGGAAGAAGGUGGUGCCAUCGCCUCGCUACUGGCCACCACAACACGCAGCCGUUUGUCUGUUUAAAACUGAAUCUGAGUUAAUGUCGGGCUAUGCCUAUGAGCGUGUUCGGGUGCUCAGUGUGCCGCCCAUUGAGAAUGUGAAUCUGGUCCAGUCGGAUCUCAUUGUGCUCGUCGAGGCCAUGGACUAUAGCACUCGCCGUUUCGAGACCAAAUGCAAGUCCCUUCAUGUCUGCCCCGAUGAGUACAUCAAUGAGCCGCCAUUGUGCAUUGACUUGCGUCUCCUGGGUAUGGUUACCCACAUAGGUGAUCGCGAUUGGUCUGCCGGAGACACGAAGACUGUUCAAGACUGGCUGUACAUGGCGCCCAAGGAUCACUUCAUACAGGCUAAAGUCGCUUUCUCCACUUCGCACACAAUCUUCGCUACAUGCAUGGCGUCCAUAGUCUACCUUAAGACAUUGAAGACAUUUAAUAUCCACUUGAACUUCUUCAGAGCACAGAUUGAGGCCAAGAUGAGCAAGCGAUGUGAACAAACCAAAGCGAAGAUUUGGAAAUUCUUCGAGGAGCUCAUAAAGAUGGACGCCCCAGAAAAGCAACAGGAAAUGAUCACAAGCGAUCCAGUGGCAAAUGGGCACAAAGAGCAAAUCGGCGAGGACACGGACAAGAGUCCACCCUCUAAGCAAAACUCUCCCAAGCUGCCGGCCAGGUUCCAACGUGUGGUGGACCUGGACAUCCGCAUACGCCAGGAGCGCAGACAGAAGGACACAGAUUCCAAGACCACCAACGGAGAGCUGCAUUCUAAGCAAAGUCAGAGAUCUGCCAUCCCAUUGGCCCAGGACCAGAAUCAGGCUGAAGAAACGGAAAAUUCGGAAAUUGAGGUGGUCCCAAUGCAAGAUUUCAUUGACUGCUUCAUGAGAUGCGCUGCGCUGGACCGUAUCGAGAGCAUGGAAACAGACAGCAGCAUGGCAGCUUCCAAAAAUGGCCAUCAGAUGUUGACUGAAGCCCCAGGCCAGCGCUCCAAGGAGCCCAAUGGGGAGAAGUCGAAACAAGAAAUAAACAAACUGUCUGCCACGGCAGGAGUAACAGCAGGUAACGCUGCUCGUAUGCUGGGUACCGCAUCACGUCCCGAUGUCAAAUACUAUCAGACAAUAAACGCCCUCCACCUACAGGUGACGCUGGCUGAUGAAAAAAUGUCCUACCAGACAGGUGUCCUAAACAGUACCAGGAUUUUCUUCAAGGCCAACGCUGCAGAGGAAUUAGGAUCUGGAUCCCCCCAGGGUUAUGAGUUCUUUGUAAACCCACGCAUGAUCUUCAAAGGCAUACAACAUGCCAUGAAGGGGCGCACAGUAUACAUCGAGUUGCAAAAGUUGCAUCCAGGCUACUACCCCAACCAAUUUGUCCACUUAAAGUUCUUCCAAGCGAACUACGACAUGAUCGUGAUCGAGGAGAAGUGGCAACAGCGCGAAAGAAUCGUCCUCGAACAGUUGAUGCGUCAAACUGGAUGGGGGAUUCUACAGCACACAGAAAAAGCGGAAAGCAGCGAGGAAACCGUGACCGAAUCCGAAUCGGAGGAUGGAGUGGAGCGACCCGAAGACUACAGAAGGAUUGACAUGAGUUAA